AUGCUGGCCGUGGGAAUGGAAUUCUCUGGACUCAUUCUUCAUUUACGGGGCUUUUUCUUCCCCAGAUCCUACUCCACUCCAGGACUAUGCCAAUCUGCGGCCAUGCUCCCACCAGCUGGUCACCUCCUGUCCCUGCUGCUGGUGAUAGGAACAGGGGGGACUGUGCCCAGCCCCCGGCUGUCUCCCCAGGGCUGCUACGUGGCAGAAGAAGCUGGGGAGCGGACAUUCCGCUGCAGCCAGGCAGGCCUGAGGGCUGUGCCCACCGGCAUCCCUAACGACACCCGCAAGCUCUACCUGGACGCCAACCGGCUGGCGUCCGUGCCGGCUGGGGCCUUCCAGCACCUGCCUGUCCUGGAGGAGCUGGAUCUAUCCCAUAAUGUCCUUGCCCACGUCUCAGGGGCCGCUUUCCAGGGCCUGGCGGGCACGCUGCGCCACCUCGACCUCUCUGCCAACCAGCUGGCCUCGGUGCCCGUGGAGGCCUUUGCGGGGCUGCAGAUCCAAGUGAACCUGUCUGCCAACCCGUGGCGCUGCGACUGUGCCCUGCAGGAGGUGCUUCGGCGGGUGAGGCUGGCACCAGGCACUGAGACGGGCAUCGUCUGUGGCCCGGGAGCCCGAUCAGACCUCGUGGGGCAGGAGUUCCUGCCGCUGGUCGAGGAGGAAGAGCUGUGUGGGACGGGGCGGGGCGGGGCCCGGCACAGCACCGACGUGGCCCUGCUGGUCACCAUGGGGGGCUGGCUGGUGCUGGUGGUGGCUUAUCUGGCCCAGUACGUGUGGGAGAACCGGGAUGGGACCCGACGUCCCCUCAAGCGGGCCCCCGUGCCGCCUGUGCCCUCUGAGGGCUCCUCUACCCUCAGCACCGUGGUCUGAUGACCAGGGCUACUCUUCCGACCCUGCACCCCACACCCCUGCUCCUAUGCCCUCUCCUCUCCUCCCACCCCCUCUGCCUCCUCUGCAGCCCCUUCCCACCGCCCAAUUCCACCUCCUUCCUCCUCUGUCUCCCCGGAACACCUGAUCUCUCUCACUCCUCCAGCACCCCCCAAUUCCACCUCCCUCCUCCUCUGUCUCCCCGGAACACCUGAUCUCUCUCACUCCACCAGCACCAUCUUUGGUGCCUGGGAGCUUUGAUGCCGACUCUGGGUCUGGGUUGUGCUAGAUUCAGAGACCCAGAGCUUCUGAGUCCACAGUGAUGGGGGGACCCCAGAACAGAGAACGAUGGAAGAUGGUCACGUAUGCCAACUUGGAGGUAGGAGCAGGCAGCUUGAGAGCGUGGCGGAGAUGAUCUCAAAGGCUGCGCCGUAUGGAUGUUUGAACUGACUCUGCGAGAAUGUGGGGGGCUUUGGGCAGAAGAGGGAGGCCCCCAGCUGAAAGACGGUGGACCAAGACGAAGAAGAUGUAAAACAACUUCGAAUGUCUGAGCAGCGGCAAGACAUAUCUGGGGGCUGGAGAAGAGGGCGCAUAGAGGGGCAAGGGGAUGGCGGGACCAAGCUGGCAGUGAGGUCAGAAAGGACCCCGUGGGCUCUUCCUCUCUUCUCCCGCGCCUCUGCCAAAAAGCUCCCCUCCCCGCCCCCUGCCCCAUGCUUCUUGCCUUUCUCACAGCCCCAGGCUCUUCUCCCUGUACCUUCUAUUGUGACCCCCUGGCUUAGGGCUCCCUGCUUCCUUUUCCAGAGAUUCCCUAUCUCUCUGCUCUCUCCUUUUUACCCAGAAGGGCUUCCUGAACCCCUUCCCUUGGGGGAGAAGAACUUUCUGCUCUGCCUGAGCUGGGGAUGGGUCACUAGAGAGCUGGAAGGGAGGUGGGGAGGUUUCCCAUCCCCAGAACAUCACUGGACAAUCCAAUAA